AAGUGUUUCUGUUUCUCUUUCGUCUUCCUCUUCUCAUAUUAAUGGUAGCUUUCUUCUCCAUUUGAACGAUGGAUCAUCAUCUCUCCAGACUUGAUGAUCUUGCACAUCCGCUGGAGACCUGGAAGGUUUUGGUCAAGGUAGACAAGGGUGCGAUGAUGCUAUUAAGGGUUGUUGAUGAUCAAAUGAUUGAUCGCUUCUCCAAUAUGCUGAAGGAGAAGAGGACAUAUAUGAGCCAGUUUUUCAGAGUGGCAAUGGGGGGUGAAGCUAUCCAUGACCAUUUCCAUAUCAAGCUUAUGCCUAGCACCUUUUUUUAUGCUAACCACCAUUCAUCCUGCUUGAUUUGUUGGUUUCGUUUUAGACUUUGUAUACACAUUUUUUCUCUUUAUUUCAAUUUUUUUAAAGAUUUCUGUGGCCUUUUGGUUAGCAUUGGAGAUCUUGACUUUUUUAAGGUCCAGGCAUGCACACAAGAAAGCCGGAAUUUGUGGUUCAAGAUAUCGAGAGGAAUAAGGUCACUUGUGUGCUUUUUGGCAAUUCAGCUGAGAAGGCCUUCACAGAAUACCAGCCAGUGUCUAGCAUGCGUAAGCUGGUUGUUGUAGUCCAGUAUGCCAGGAUUAAGCGAUAGCAAGGAGAGUCUUCAUUAAGCAGCUAUGUCUCUGCCACUAGGAUCUUCUGGGAACCCACGUUUUUAUGAUAUCCUUCAUCUUAGGAGGCAGCUGCUUCAACUCCAUGGGAGGCAUCUAGUGAAGAAGCUUCCUUGCAUUAGGAUUAUGUAGGAGCAGUUGUUUUCUUUAUGGCAAAUGAAUGUAUUUUGAUGGCUAGGUU